AUGCCUGUGAAUUCGACAACUGUUAUACAAAUAACGUACAAUGGAAUCAUACGGGAUGAUAUGAUCGGUUUUUACAGAAGCUCAUAUUUUUCUGAAACUGGUGAUAUAAAAUGGUUAGCUGCGACACAAUUCCAAACUACUCAUGCAAGACAUGCUUUUCCUUGUUUCGAUGAACCAAAUUUAAAAGCUAAUUUUACCAUCAUUAUUCGUCGGCCCAAAUCGUACACAAGUUUAAGUAAUAUGCCUCUCAAAAGAACAGUAACAAUUACCGAUGAACUACAAUCAGAUACUUAUGAAAGCAGUAUCCCAAUGUCGACUUAUCUCGUAGCAUUUGUCGUGACCCCUGAUUUCAAAUCUAACCGAGAUGAAGAAAAUAACAUAACAAUUUGGACUCAACCAUUAGCUGUAAAUUUAACUAACUACGCAUUGAAAGUUGGUUACCAUGCACUAAAUUAUUUUACUAGUCUAUUCAAUGAAAGUUAUCAAAUAGAAAAAAUGGAUAUGAUAGCAGUGCCAGAUUUUUCAGCUGGAGCUAUGGAAAAUUGGGGUCUCAUAACCUACCGAGAAAAUUACUUACUCUAUGAUGUAACAGAAUCUUCGGAUAGUGCACAGCAAAAAGUAGCGUCUACGAUUGUUCAUGAGUGCGCUCAUAUGUGGUUCGGAAAUUUAGUCACCCCGGAAUGGUGGGGGUAUUUGUGGCUCAGUGAGGGGUUUGCUAAUUAUUACCAAUACUUUGUCACAUCUCUGAUUGAACCUGACUGGGCGAUGGAUCAACAAUACAUUGUAGAUCACCUCCAAUCAGUACUUCAAAAUGAUGGAUUAGAAUCAUCGAAACCGAUGACCAGACAAGUCAAUUCUACAUCAGAUAUUUCUACAACGGGUGAUACAAUAACUUAUUCAAAGGGUGGGAGUAUUUUACGAAUGAUGAAUUUAGUUUUGGGAUCAGAUAUUUUCAAUUCUGCUAUUCAGAAUUACAUUAAAACAAAAAAAUAUCAAUCAGCUACUCCGAAUGAUCUUUGGAAGUCAUUCCAACAACAACUUGAUUCAAGUAACAAAAGCCUUCCUGCAUCCGUCGAAACAAUAAUGACUUCAUGGACGAGUCAAUCUGGCUACCCCAUCGUAACAGUUACAAUCCAAAAUAAUACAGCUCAAUUACGGCAAGAACGUUUUUCGAUAAGAAAUGAAUCAGCUGACGAUAAUUCAACCUGGUGGAUUCCUUUGACUUGGUCCACGAAAUCAGAACAUAAUUUCGAAAUAACUUCAUCACGAUAUUGGUUGAGCGAAAAAAAUUCAGUGAUUAAAUUAAAUACAUCGGAUGAAUGGAUUAUUUUUAAUAUCAAACAAUCUGGUUUUUAUCGAAUAAAUUACGAUCAACAAACAUGGGAUCGCAUUAUUAACCUGUUGAACAGCGAUUCGUUCAAAGAAAUAAGUGUGAUUAAUCGAGCCGCUAUUAUUGAUGACUUAUUAAAUUUAGCACGGGCUGGUCUUAUUGAUUAUUCUACUGCUUUAAGCGGACUUAAAUAUCUUAGGAAGGAAACAGAAUACUUACCUUUUAAAUCAGCACUUACUGGACUUGAGUACUUACACAAACGUUUUAUUGGUCAAGAAAACUAUCAACUAUUUGCUGAAUUCAUCUUAAAUUUAAUAUCUCCAAUGUACAACCGCUUAAACUUUAAGGAUGAUAUUAAUGAUGAUCGACUUACUGUGUUACUUCGAGCAGAACUUAACAAAUGGGCUUGUGAACUAGAUUAUAAAAAAUGUGUUGAUAAAUCAUUAAAUUAUUUUACAGAUUGGAUGAAAAAUUCUUCUAAAACCAUUCCGAAAAAUUCAAAGAACAUCGUAUUCUGUACGGCUGCAAGACUGAGCUCUACUGGAAAUACUGAUUUAAUUCCUGAAUAUACGCUAGAUAAAUUGUUAAGUAACUUUACGAUAGAAACUCCAAUGAUUUUAGAGGCACAAGCUUGCUCAAGGAAUAAUACUGUUUUAAAACGGGUAUCAAAAAUAAUACUAGAAGGAUUCGAAAGUAGUAAAGUUCGAAAACAAGACGGGAUAUAUUUUUUUAGAUCUGUUGCGCAAUCGAGUCCAUUUGGCGCUGAAUAUAUUCUCGAAUUUAUUAAUGAUCAUUAUGAUGAAUUACUGGAUUAUUUGGGAAAUAUUAAUUCAAUUGCCGAUAUUAUCUCACUUGCAUCUCAGCAAUUUUCAAGUAAAAAUCUCGUCAAUAAAUUAGAAACAUUCAUAACAAAUAACAGCAUAAUAUUAGAUCCAAUCAUCGAUUCACUAAACUCAUCCUUAAAACUUUCUCAAUUUGAACUUAAUUUUUACGAAAAAAAUUCACCUCUAAUUAUUCCAUGGAUUGAAGAAUAUAAUACAAAAUUAAAUGGAAAUUCUGGUGAAAAAUCAAACGAAUAUCGACUCCCCACAAAUAUAGUGCCAAAAAAAUAUACCGUCAAAUUGACACCAUUUAUCGAACCAGGAAACUUUACAUUCAAAGGCUAUGUUGAAAUAAUUGCUUACAUUGUAAAUUCGACUAAUAAAGUCGUUUUACACAUUGAUGAUAUUAACUACGAAACUGUUGCUCUUAGUGUCGACGAUAAACAGAUUAAAGUAAACUCAACAGCAGAAGAUAAGAAAUGGUUAGCAGCCACCCAUUUAGAACCAGUUGGAGCUAGAAGAGUAUUUCCUUGUUUCGAUGAACCAGGUUUAAAAGCUACUUUCGAAUUAAGUGUUAGCCGUCCAGCCGACUACAAAGCUAUAAGUAACACUUUAUUGAAAUCCACCGUUAAAGACGGUGAUCGGUAUAUCGAUACUUUUGAACCAACUCCAAACAUGUCAACGUAUUUAGUAGCUCUUAUUGUAUCAGAUUUCAAUUCAAUCAGUCAUGAUAAGCUUUUCUCUUCAUGGGCACGACCGAACGCCAUUAUCCAAGCCAAUUAUUCAUCUUCAAUAAUUAAACCAAUAGUUAAUUUCUUCGAAAAAGCCUUAGGUCACUCUUAUCAACUGCCUAAAUUAGACAUGAUUGCGUUACCUGAUUUUGCAUCAGGUGCUAUGGAAAAUUGGGGUCUCAUAACCUAUCGUGAAACAAACAUGCUGUAUCAUCCUGAUUAUUCGCCUAUAACAUCGAAACAAGCUAUUGCAAACGUUGUUGCUCAUGAAAUAGCUCAUCAGUGGUUUGGAAAUUUAGUCAGUCCUCAUUGGUGGAGUUAUAUUGAACCUAGUUGGGGACUAGAAUUUCAAUUUGUUGUUGAACAACUCCAAACAUCGUUUUCUGCAGAUAGUUUUCCUUCAUCUCAUCCCAUGUCUCACAAUGUAAAUAGUCCGGCUGAAAUUUCAAAUAUUUUUGAUACAAUAUCAUACUCAAAAGCCGGAAGUAUUCUACGUAUGAUUGAGAAAAAUUUUGGAUCUAACUUAUUUUACGCGGCACUUAAUGAUUACUUAGGCAUGAGAAAUUACUCAGAUGCAAUACCGGAACACUUAUUUACCGCUUUUCAAAAGCAAACAGACAAAGCAAAUAUGAAUUUAAAUAUUACAACUAUUUUGAACUCUUGGACAACUCAACCAGGAUUUCCAGUAGUUAAUGUCAAAAUUUUUAAUCAAACUGUUACGUUGUCACAAGAGCAGUUUCUAUUACAAAAUCCGGAUAACAUAUCAGUGAACAAAACUUGGUGGAUUCCUAUCAGUUGGACUUCCAAUGAAAAUUCUGAUUUUAAUUCAACUAUUACCAAAUAUUGGUUUUAUAAAUCUAAUGAUUCUGUUAAAAUAAAUACUACUUCCGCUAAGUGGAUUAUUUUUAAUGUUCAACAAUCUGGAUAUUACCGAGUUAACUAUGACACUGAUUCAUGGUCGCAUAUCACCCAGGCUCUUAAAAGCUCAGAAUUUGAAAAAAUUCAUGAAAUAAACCGCGCAUCAAUACUUGAUGAUGCACUGAAUCUUGCUCGUGCUGGCUACCUUGACUAUUCGAUAGCCUUAAACAUAACUCAAUAUCUAACACAAGAAGUAAAUUACAUACCGUGGAGAGCUGCAUUCAAUAAUCUUUUAUUUCUACAUCAAAAAUUUGUCGGAACAAAUAUCUACGACUUGUUUAAAACUCACAUUUUAACGAUACUGGAUCCUGUUUACAAUAAACUAAGUUUCAAUGAAAAUCAUAACAAUGAUACUCACUAUGAUAAACUUUUAAGAAGAUAUAUAAUUAAUUGGGCUUGUGAAUUGGGUGUUGAAGAUUGCAUUAAAAAUUCUAUAGCAUUAUUUUCUAGAUGGAAAUCGAGCAACACGCAAUUAGUUCCUGUUAACCUGCGAAGUACCGUGUAUUGCACUGCAAUAAAAUAUGGUACCGACGAGGAUUGGGAGUUUUUGUGGAACAAAUACCAAACAGUUAAUUUCGCUCAUGAAAAAGUAGUUAUAAGUAGUGCUCUUGGAUGUUCGAAAAAUAAAAAUAAACUAGAUAAAUUAUUGUCAAGUGCCAUUUCUAAAAAUUCAGGUAUAGGAUCUCAAGAUAGUUUGACUGUUUUUGCGUCAGUAUAUAGCUCUGGUUUAUUUGGAGCCGAACAUGCUCUAAACUUUGUUGAUAAAUAUUAUGAUGCCAUGUUAAAUUACUACGGAAAACAUGACACAAUUGCAGCAAUUUUGAACGAUAUAUCAUCUCAAUUUUCAACAAAAGACUUAGUUGAAAAAUUCAAAAAUUUUAUCUCCAGCAAAAAAAAGAAUCUAUCAGCAAUCGAAGAGUCUCUUAAAUCUUACUUGUCUCGUGCUUACAAAGAACUUGAUUGGUACAACAAUUACAGUCCUCAAAUAUUUGAGUGGCUUGAUAAAACUUACCCAAAUUCAGACUACCGUCUUUCAAAAAAUAUUUAUCCUUCAUCUUAUAAGAUUUAUCUCACUCCUUAUUUCGAUAAUUUCACAUUUGACGGCCGAGUUGAAAUCAAUAUUAGCGUAAUGCAAAACACUUCAAGCAUCGUUUUGCACGCAAAUAACUUAACCAUAAAAGAAAUAAGUGUAUCAGAAAAUUCUCUCGAAGGAAAUUCUCUCACAGUAUCCAGUUAUUUAAUUAAUUCAACAACUCAUAAAUUUACCAUCUAUCUAUCAUCUACUGUUAACGAUGGAUCGAAUUUAACUGUUAAUGUUGAAUACACUGGAAUUCUCAAUGAUAAAAUGGAAGGAUUUUAUCGUAGUUACUACAAAGAUGACAAUGGGAUUUCUCACUGGUUAGCAACGACGCAAUUUGAAAAAUUCGGAGCUCGACAAGCUUUUCCAUGCUUUGAUGAACCAAUAUUUAAAGCUAAAUAUAAAAUUCAUAUUCAACGACUCAAUAAUUAUCAUUCACUUAGUAAUAUGCCGUUAAAUAUAUCCUUACCGUCAGAGAAAUUUAAUUGGACAUGGGAUUAUUAUGAAGAAAGCGUACCUAUGUCCUCUUACCUAGUGGCAUUUAUAAUUUCUGAUUUUGAGUCGUAUCCAAAUUUUCAUGAAAAUUUCACAGUUUGGUCUCGUCCAAAUGCAGUUCAAUACACUUCUCAUGCUUUGGAUUUUGGACAAAAGGCAUUACAAUUUUUAGAAAAUUACACAGGAAUAUCCUAUCCAAUAAAAAAAAUGGACUUAGUCGCGAUUCCUGACUUUGCUGCCGGCGCAAUGGAAAAUUGGGGACUUGUUACUUUCAGAGAAUAUGGAUUAUUAUCAAAAGAAAAUAUAACUACAACUUAUUAUAUGAGAUAUUUAAACACUGUGAUCGCGCAUGAACUUGUUCACAUGUGGUUUGGAAAUUUAGUUACUUGCGAUUGGUGGGAAUAUCUUUGGCUUAACGAAGGAUUUGCGCAAUAUCUUGAAUGGAUUGUAACUGAUUCGAUUUUCCCAGAAGCUCAAUUGAUGAAACAAUUUUCUGUGUAUGAAAUUCAACCAGCAUUAUUAAAAGACUCGUAUAUUCACAUGCGACCCAUGAAUAAUAAAAUGAAAAAUCCGUAUGACGACGGUAAAGACUUUACUUCGAUUGUCUACGGAAAAGCUGCAAGUGUUAUUCACAUGAUCAAGUAUGCAGUUGGAGAAGAUAUAUUCAAAAAAUCGUUGCACAAUUAUCUUGAUAACAAUAAAUUUAACACUAGCAAGCCAGAAUAUUUGUGGUCAGCUUUGCAAAUGAAUAUUAAUCAAACAACAGGGAUAAAUGAAACUAUUUUCACUUUAAUGGACUCAUGGGCUAGUCAGGCAGGGCAUCCUGUAGUCCAUGCACAUGUUACAGCUGGAUCACUUUUUCUUGAACAAGUACGUUUUCUGAUAUCAGGUCGUAAUAAUUCAGCUAAAGAAUUAUAUUGGAUACCUAUAACAAUAACAUCUAAAUCAAGUGCUAACUUUUCACAUACUUCUCCCACUCUCUGGUUUGGAACACGUGGAACAACAACUGAUAAAUUUAAUCUUACAGACGAAUGGUUUAUUAUAAAUGUUAAUCAGGUUGGAUUUUAUCGAGUAAAUUAUGAUACAAACAAUUGGAACUAUUUGAUUGAUGCAUUAAUAUCGGAGGAUAAUUUUGGUGGCAUUCCAGAAAUAAACAGAGCUCAGAUAAUAGAUGAUUUGCUUAUUUUAGCAAGAGCUGAUUAUGUUGAGUACGAGAUUGCACUUCGUGCUACAACGUAUUUGAUAAAAGAAAAAAAUCAUCUUCCGUGGAAAUCCUUUUUGAAUUCCGUGCAAUUUCUUAUAGAACGAUUUGAUGGUAACCAAAAAAUAACUAGUAGUUUGAAAGAGUACGUUUUGAAGUUGAUUGAACCAAUUUAUGAAGAACUGGGUUUUGAAGAUAAAGCCAAUGAUACAGAUUUGGAUAAAUUAAAUAGGCAAAUUAUUUUAUUUUGGACAUGUCGAUUUGGUCAUGCCAAGUGCAUAGAAAAAGCUAAACAGAUAUUCGAUGCAUGGCGAGUUAACGAGACGUACUUUAUUUUUCCCAAUGCGAAACCAGCAGUUUGGUGCACAGCUCUAAAACACGGUGAUUUUGAUGACUGGGAAUUAAUGUGGCAAGAAUACCGUGCAUCAAAUUUUGAAUCAGAAAAAGUUAUGAUUUUAAGUGCACUUGGAUGUUCACAAAAUUCAACCGCUAUCAAAAAAUAUCUAACUCAUGCAGUUUCAUCAGAUGGUUCAAUUCGUGACCAAAAUUUCGUAAAUGUUUUCUCAUCUGUUUAUUCUGCUGAAAAGUAUGGUGUUGAUCUAUCAAUUGAAUUUUUUAUAAAUAAUUACACUUCUAUUUAUAAAUUUUACAAAAAAUGGGGUUCUGUAGCUGAUUUAUUUUCAAACAUAGUUUCGAAAGUAUCAACUGAAGAACAGAUCCAGAAGCUUAUCUCUUUUGUUAUGGAACAUGAAGAAGAAUUUGAAGAAAUCCGUAGUACGUUAGAUGAAUCGAUCAUUAACGCUAGAAUGAUGUUGAAUUGGAGUCAGUUCCACUAUGGAAAAAUUUUAGACUGGUUAACUAACGAAAAUUCAAUAGAGUCAUGGGGCAGUCGAUAUAGUUCAUCUGGAACAGCAAACGCUAUAGAACCGCUGUCAUUAAUUAUCAUUUUAAUUAGCAGUGUAAUUUUAUUAUAG